AAUGAAAGUUCGUUUCCGCUAGGAGGCGCUCUGGACAAGGUGGCGGCAGUUUUCUAACAAUGUGAUGCUGACUUUGUAAUUAUCUGUGGUUUAAUUACAUUUCUGUUUCAAAGGGGAUUUUCCAAAAUUUUAAAUGGCAGACAUUGAGACUAUGUCGGUGACAACUCUAGAAUCUGUAGACUCCACUAUGAAGUCAACUCUACUAGGAACAGAUACAGAGAGUGAAGCCGAGGAGAAACAAGUCAUUGACUGGAAAAAACGUGUCCGAUCAGAGUUCAUGAGGAUACGCCACUUAAAACGAUUCAAAAGAGCUGACGAAGUCAAGACCACAUUUACCACGAACAGACAGUUCAUCAAUCAACAGCAGGAGAUUAAUAGUGAAUGGCUGAAGCAACAGCCAAUCCAGACCCUACAUUCACCGGAGACCUUCAGUCAUGUGCCCGUCACUAGGAAGUGUGAAGUAAAGAGCGGCAUGUUUAACCAGACCAUGUCUGUGUCGUUGCGUGUGAUGAACAUCGUCAAGCAGGUCCCGACCAUGUAUAGCUGGGCUCAGCUACAACAGAACUACAUGGUUGAGGAUGAGACUGUCCUACACAACAUACCGUAUAUGGGCGAUGACAUACUGGACAAGGAUGGAGCCUUCAUUGAGGAGCUGCUGAAAAACUAUGAUGGCAAAGUCCACGGAGAGAAAAACUCCAACAGCUUGGAUGAUGAGACGUUUGUGGAGCUGGUGAACUCCCUGUGGCUGAAUUAUCCCGACCCUGACCAGGAGGAGGCUGAACAUAAAGCGUCAGAAUCGUCGGUAAUGGCAGAGUGCAGUGAAGACAACACCAAGAGUGUAUUCCCCAGUGAUAUGAUAUUUGAAGCCAUAUCGAGCCAGUUCCCUGAGAGAGGCACAACUGACACUCUUAAAGAAAAGUACCGGGAACUGAUUGAGCUAAGAGACAGUACCUCCCUACCCCCCGAGUGUACCCCCAAUAUAGAUGGUCCAAACGCCCAGUCUGUCCCCAGAGCCCAGACCAUGCACUCCUUCCAUACUCUGUUUUGCCGGAGGUGUUUCAAAUACGACUGCUUUUUACAUCCAUACCACCCGACACCGAGCAUGCUGACCAGGAAAAUACCGGACACUCGCACAGAAAAUGACCCGUGUGGGACUGACUGCUAUUUACAUCUGAUCGGUGUGAAACAAGAGAAAGAGAUUCCAGUCUCGGAUGUGGAGAGGUGGGACAAGGGAGACAAGUUUGAGCGAAGGGAAUGUGGGACUAGUUCGCCAGUUGCUGGCAGGAAACGGAAAUACAAUGGGGCACCGAGUAGUGGAGAGGAAAGCAAUGAUGCGCCCGAGUUCCUAGUGCCAAAACGACCGGCGAGAAUCACACCUUGUUGGACUGGAGCAGACGAGUCUGUGUUCCGGGUUCUCCAUGACAUGUACAGGAACAACUACUGCGCCAUCGCUCGCCUCAUUGGUACCAAGAACUGUAAACAGGUGUACGACUUUGCCAAGAAGGAAGCCGCUCACAUACCAGAUGUUGGGGAGGACAAGGCUCAAACUCCACCCCGCAAGAAAACGAAAAAGAAACACAGGUUAUGGUCCAUGCACUGUAGAAAGAUUCAGUUGAAGAAAGACUCGUCCACCAAAACUGUAUAUAACUACCAGCCCUGUGACCACCCUGGUCUGCGCUGUGAUGAAUCGUGUCCGUGCAUCCUGGCCCAGAACUUCUGUGAAAAGUUCUGUCAGUGUAGUGGUGAUUGUGAGAAUCGCUUUCCUGGCUGUCGAUGUAAAGCCCAGUGUAAUACCAAACAGUGUCCGUGUUUCCUGGCCGUACGCGAGUGUGACCCGGACUUAUGUCAGACCUGUGGCGCAGACCAUUUUGUUGACAGCACAAAGAUUUCUUGUAAGAACGUCAGCGUACAAAGGGGACAAAGGAAGCGGCUGUUGCUGGCUCCGUCAGACGUAGCAGGAUGGGGAAUAUUCUUAAAAAGUCCAGCGGAAAAGAAUGAAUUUAUAUCCGAGUACUGUGGAGAGAUAAUAUCUCAGGACGAGGCAGACCGGCGAGGGAAAGUCUAUGACAAGUACAUGUGUAGCUUCCUGUUCAAUCUCAACAAUGAUUUUGUGGUGGAUGCGACCAGGAAAGGAAACAAGAUCCGCUUUGCCAACCAUUCAGUUAAUCCCAACUGUUAUGCCAAGGUGAUGAUGGUGAACGGGGACCACAGGAUUGGUAUCUUUGCCAAACGUCCAAUACAGUCCGGGGAGGAACUCUUCUUCGACUACAGAUAUGGUCCAACAGAGCAGUUAAAGUUUGUAGGCAUAGAAAGAGAUGCAGAAGUGACGUGAUUUUCAUUCCGAUGUCUACAAGCAGACAUCAUCCGUGGAUUACAGAACCUAUUUCCUUUCAAAUUAAUGAAUGCCAAGAAAGUGUUAUACAACUUUACAAAUUGUGGAACUAUGAAAAUUGUAUUUUGUUCUGAUGACAGCCCAUGUAGUGGACAGAAUCAUGUAAACUGGAUUAAAUUUGUCCGAGAUUCCCCAUUUGAUAUUCCGUCUUUUCGUAUUGCAGUUAUCUUCUCUUGUGAGCAGGUAUUAAUAGUUACGUCUUUGGUUUGUG